AUGAAAUUCCUCUCUACAGCACUGCUCCUCACAGCAGCCCUCACAACCGCCGCUCCAGUCGAGAAACUCUUCACGCUAGUCACAUCCGGAUCCAGCACGCCCGCGCACAACGGGCUGUCCCUCUCCACCCAGUCCACCGGCCCGCUCAUCAGCAAUGCCGUCUUCCGCGACACCGCCAACGCCGCAACCUUCUACCUAUCCAACAGCACAGUGCACUACGAGGCGCCCAAUGGGGCGCCGUACGUGCUGGCGCUGGUAGGCGGGAGCAGUGUCCAGGGCGGCGUGGAGGUCAGUGUGAGUCCAAGCGGCGCGGUCAGGACUGGGUUCCGUAUUGCGGGGGAUGGGGGGUUGCGGGCGAGCAGUGCGACGUGGGGUGGAUGGCUGGUCUGCCCGGGGGAUAAGGAUAGCGGGCUGCUGGGGCUAUUCUAUCAGGAUACCAGUGUGGGGAGUGGGGUGCCGGCCGGAUGUGACAGGGUCCAGCUGCGCGUGGUUUACACCUCUUCCUAG